GCGAUACUAGUGCAGUACCAUAGUAGAAUUGACUGCGCCGCGGAGCACAGCACUGAUAACGGCAGAGUCACCGAGGAACGCGGCGUUCGCACUCGACGACGAGCGAAGUAGCUUCGACCGUACGUUGUUCAAUUAUCUGGACGAUAAGCAGUCGCACAUCUUCAGCUCGCAUGACUCCCCACACUAGAUGCCUUCCAGGUCGCUUGAGCGUCGCUCUGCGAUCCGUGUCGCCGUCGCCAGUCGAGUUUCACGUCGCAGCAGUCGCACCCGUCGCUCCAUCGCGUCGCCAGCCUCACCACCGCAGCCGCGUCCUGAUCACCACGUCAGCCAGGUCGAAACUUCCCGCGGGUCUCUGGUCAUCCUGGCUUACCAUUGGCCAUGGCUCAUCUUACCAUGGCUCCUCCCCCUUUCGAGUCGAGACAAAAGCAAGGUUCUCCCUUCCACGACCUCGAUUCACCUCCCUUCCGCCAUUGCCACCCAGAUCGACGUUACGCUUCGGACCCCGUUGUAGUCACACCAGCAACCCCACCACGGCUCCGUCAUCUUCAACCAAUCUGGAGCAGCCACGUGUCCAUGACACCAUUCGCACGUGUCCAGAUCACGGUCCUGCCACUGCCUCCUCCCCUCCUCUCUCCGCCUACAUUCACAUCCCCUUCUGUCGCCGCCGCUGCCAUUACUGCGACUUCCCUAUAGUCACAGUGGGCGCCAGGGACCCGUCCGUGCAUGAACGGCUGAGAUCUAAGAUGGAGAGCUACGUGGAGCAGGUGAUCCGGGAGAUUAAAGCCAGUGCUAAAAGUGUUUCAGCCAUACAUAGUGGGGCUGGGCUUAGUAGUGGAAAUGCAGUGGAGGGUGAGGUUACAAAGAGGUUGAGGGAUCCGGGUACUCUAUCUUCCCUCCUCCCUCCUCCCCACCCUCCCCACCCUCCUCCUCACCCCCCUCCUCACUCUCCUCCUCCCUCUCCUCCUCCCUCUCCUCCUCCCUCUCCUCUUCGCACAAUCCACUUCGGAGGGGGUACCCCGUCCCUCCUCCCGCCGGACCUCCUCUCCAGGCUCGUCGGCACCCUCCGCCGAACCUACGGCCUAGCUCCGGACGCAGAGAUCUGCAUGGAGGCCGACCCUGGCACGUUCGACGAGGCUCGGCUCCGAGCCUGGGUGGAAGGCUCGGGAGUGACGAGGCUGAGUGUCGGUUGCCAGGCGUUCGAUGAGAAGCUACUGACGGCGUGUGGGAGAUCACACUCCCUAGCUGAUGUGUACGAUGCUGUUGACGCGGUGAAGCGAGUGGGGCUGGAGAAUUGGAGCUUGGACCUCAUCUCAGGCCUGCCAGGCCAGACCCUCAACAGCUGGCACCACUCCCUCUCUGAAGCAAUCCGCCUAGGCCCCAGCCACGUGUCAGUCUACGAUUUGCAGGUGGAAAAGGGCACGGCAUUCGGCCGCUGGUACUCCCCAGGCCGCUCCCCCCUUCCCCCAGACGACCUUUCCGCUGACAUGUACAGGGAAGCUUCCAGGCAGCUUCGUGCGGCAGGAUACGCCCACUAUGAGGUCAGCAAUUACGCCAAACCUGGCUUCGAGUCUCGGCACAACCGAGCCUAUUGGACCAAUGUACCGUAUCUGGGGUUCGGGCUCGGCGCAGCCAGCUACGUGGCUCGGAAAAGGUUCGUUCGGCCCCGAACCUGGGAUGAGUAUGGGGAGUGGGUCGGCAAAUACGAAGCUAGUGUGGGGGUGAUUGAUUGGCCCGAGGAUUCGAGGGAAGAGGAGCUGCUAGAUACGGUCAUGCUGGGGCUCAGGCUCAGGGAAGGCUUGGGAAUGCCAGAGCUGGCGAGUAGGUUCGGCAACGAGGCUGCCGUGGUGGUGGGGAGAGAGCUGCUGAAAUUUGUCGAAGCAGGAUUGGUGGAAGUGGUGAAAGUGGUGCAAGGGUUGCAAGGGGUAGAGUGGGGGGAUGGAAGUAAGGAGGUUAUGGGAGGAGAGUAUGUGAGAGGAUUAGAGCAGCAGUUAGAUGUGAUUAUUGCACAUGGGAAAGAGAGGGUACCACCGGUUCAGGGUGCAGGGAAUGGCGGUGAGGGAGUGAGGGUGAUAGGAGGUGCUUGUGCAGGUGGGGGAAGCAAGGGUGGUGGUGGUGGACACGUGAGCUGGGAAUUGGAUGGCCUCAGGAUUCGACUCACUGAUCCGGAAGGGUUUCUAGUGUCUAAUGAUGUGAUUUCAAGUGUAUUCGAGGCGAUUGGGUGAUAAUCAAGUUGAAUCCCGCACAUGCAUUGGA